AUUACGUGGACAAACCUUUGGAAAAACCGUUAAAGCUGGUGCUCAAAGUUGGAGGAAGUGAAGUGACCGAGCUCUCUGGGUCAGGGCACGAUUCCAGUUACUAUGAUGACAGAUCAGAUCACGAGCGAGAACGGCAUAAAGAAAAGAAGAAGAAAAAGAAAAAAAAGUCUGAGAAAGAGAAAGAUAAGCAUCUUGAUGAUGAGGAAAGAAGAAAGAGAAAGGAAGAGAAAAAGAGGAAAAGGGAGAAAGAACAGUGUGACACUGAAGGAGAAACGGAUGACUUUGAUCCUGGGAAGAAAGUGGAGGUUGAACCUCCUCCUGAUCGUCCUGUCAGAGCAUGCAGAACUCAGCCAGCUGAAAAUGAGAGCACACCGAUCCAGCAAUUACUAGAGCAUUUCCUUCGCCAGCUUCAAAGGAAAGAUCCCCAUGGAUUUUUUGCUUUUCCAGUCACAGAUGCCAUCGCUCCUGGAUAUUCCAUGAUAAUAAAACACCCUAUGGAUUUUGGUACAAUGAAGGAAAAAAUUGCAGCAAAUGAAUACAAAUCAGUCACUGAAUUCAAGGCAGAUUUUAAACUGAUGUGUGAUAAUGCAAUGACUUACAACAGACCAGAUACUGUUUACUACAAACUAGCCAAGAAGAUACUGCACACAGGCUUUAAGAUGAUGAGCAAAGCAGCUCUUUUGGGUGAUGAAGACACAGCAGUUGAAGAACCUGUCCCCGAAGUUGUUCCUGUACAAGCAGAGACUACCAAGAAAUCCAAAAAGCAAAAUAAAGAAGUUAUUAGCUGCAUUUUUGAGCCUGAGGGGAACGCGUGCAGCCUGACAGAUAGCACUGCUGAAGAACAUGUCCUGGCACUGGUGGAACAUGCAGCAGAUGAAGCUCGGGAUAGGAUCAAUCGCUAUCUACCCAACAGCAAGAUUGGUUACCUGAAAAAAAAUGGAGAUGGAACUUUAUUAUUUAGUGUCGUAAAUUCAUCUGAUCCAGAAGCAGAAGAGGAAGAGACUCACCUGGUGGAUCUGAGUUCACUGUCAAGCAAAUUGUUACCUGGCUUCACCACACUAGGCUUCAAAGAUGAACGAAGAAAUAAAGUAACCUUUCUUACAAGUGCUAGUACAGCACCUUCCUUGCAAAACAACUCCAUAUUUCCUGAUUUGAAACCAGAUGAGAUGGAACUCCUGUACUCAGCAUAUGGUGACGAAACUGGGAUACAGUGUGCCUUAAGCUUACAAGAAUUUGUGAAGGAUGCUGGGAGUUACAGCAAGAAAAUAGUAGAUGAUCUUCUGGACCAGAUCACUAGUGGCGAUCAUUCCAAAGCUAUUUAUCAGCUAAAGCAGAGGCGAAACAUCCCAGUAAAACCACUGGAUGAGGUCAAAGUUGGAGAAUCUGCUGGAGACAGUAACAGUUCUGACUUGGACUUUCUCUCUAUGAAACCAUAUUCAGAUGUAUCUCUUGAUAUUUCUAUGUUAAGUUCAUUAGGGAAAGUGAAGAAGGAGCUUGAUCAUGAUGAUAACCAUUUACAUCUGGAUGAAACAACUAAGCUGCUGCAGGACCUUCAUGAAGCUCAGGCUGACAGAGUGGGAUCUCGGCCAUCGUCCAAUUUGAGUUCCCUCUCCAAUACCUCUGAAAGAGACCAACACCAUCUCGGAAGCCCCUCUCAUCUGAGUGUUGGAGAACAGCAAGACAUGGUUCACGAUCCCUAUGAAUUUCUUCAGUCUCCAGAAACCUCAAAUGCCACUA